UUUUAUGCCCUCCGAGUUAUGACCGAUUGGACUCGUUCCACAUUCUAAAACCCUAGCCCUCAAAAAAUCCCUCUCUAAUCGCCAUCUCAUUUUCUACACUCUAAAACUUCACUCCCAACCCAAAAGUCAUGUCUUUAAUCUCAUCAAAGCCCCAAAUCUUGAGCCACAAUUUCUUUGCAAAUCUUGCAAGAAUCACAAACACCCAUAAUCCUCAUUUCAAAGUCUUAAACUUUUUCUGCACAUCAUCAUCUUCUCCAAAUGAAGAACAAAUCCCAGAAUCCAAAACCCCGGAUUCGGACCCUUCGGCCCAUGAACCACAAUCCGAACCGACCCAGAUUCUCGUAUCAAGAAUCCCAAGAGGUAAGCAUAGAAACCCAGAAAAGAUUGAAGAUGUGAUAUGCAGAAUGAUGGCAAAUAGGGCUUGGACUACCAGGUUGCAAAAUUCUAUUAGAAAUUUAGUUCCUUUAUUUGAUCAUGAUCUUGUUUAUAAUGUAUUGCAUAGUGCUAGAAACCCUGAUCAUGCUUUGCAGUUUUUUCGGUGGGUCGAACGGGCCGGUUUGUUUAAACAUGAUAGGGAAACCCAUUAUAAGAUUAUUGAUAUUUUAGGUAAAGCUUCUAAGUUGAAUCAUGCUAGGUGCAUUUUGUUAGAUAUGCCUAAAAAGGGACUUAAAUGGGAUGAGGAUUUGUUUGUUGUCUUAAUUGAUAGUUAUGGGAAAUCGGGUAUUGUUCAAGAAAGUGUUAAGAUUUUUAAUAGUAUGGGGGAAUUAGGUGUGCCAAGAACGAUAAAGUCAUAUGAUGUUUUGUUUAAGGUGAUUAUGAGAAGAGGGAGGUAUAUGAUGGCGAAACGUUAUUUUAAUAAGAUGUUGAGUGAAGGGAUUGUUCCUACUAGGCAUACUUAUAAUGUUAUGAUUUGGGGUUUUUUCCUUUCAUCGAGGGUUGAGACUGCGAAUCGGUUUUUUGAAGAAAUGAAAAGUAGAGAUAUAUCGCCAGAUGUUGUUACUUAUAAUACUAUGAUUAAUGGGUUUAAUCGGGUUAAGAAGGUAAAGGAGGCUGAGAAGUUUUUUGUUGAGAUGAAAGCGAAAAAUAUUGAGCCGACGGUUAUAACUUACACCACUAUGAUUAAAACAUAUGUUAAUAAUGGUAACGUGGAUGACGGGUUGAAGUUGUAUGAAGAGAUGAAAAGUUUUGGCAUCAAACCGAAUGCUUUUACAUAUUCGACCAUUUUGCCUGGGCUCUGCGAGACUGGUAAAAUGUCUGAUGCACAUACCAUUGUGAAGGAAAUGGUACACCGUCAUAUUCCUCCGCAGGACAAUUCCAUCUUUUUACGUUUGAUCGAAGGUCAGUGUAAUGCAGGUGAUCUUGAUGCAGCUGCAGACGUGCUUAAGUCCAUGAUGCGGUUAAACAUCACCCCUCAACCUGGACAUUAUGGUGUUUUAAUUGAAAAUCUAUGCAAAAAAGGGGUGCAUGAUGAAGCCGUUAAGCUUUUAGAUCAACUAAUAGAACAGGAAAUCAUGUUGAACGCAAACAGCUCACUUGAGCUUUUGCCAACUGCAUAUAACCCGAUGAUCGAAUAUCUCUGUAACAAUGGCAUGACUUCUAAAGCGGAAACUUUAUUUCGCCAGCUGAUGAAAUUAGGGGUUUUGGAUCCUGUUGCUUUUAAUGCUUUGAUACGUGGUCAUUCGAAGGAAGGCUCUCCCGAUUCAGGUUUGGAACUUCUAAAGAUUAUGAUGAGGAGAAAUGUUGCAUCAGAAGAAAGUGCUUAUAAGUUGCUUAUUGAGAGCUACUUAAAGAAAAGUGAGCCAUCUGAUGCUAAAACCGCUCUUGAUAGCAUGAUCGAAAAUGGGCAUCAACCCGAUUCGUCUCUUUACCGUUCGGUUAUUGAGAGUUUAUUUGAAGACGGAAGGGUACAAACAGCAAGUCGGGUAAUGAAAGUUAUGAUUGAAAAGGGUGUUAAGGAGCACAUGGAUCUGGUUUCUAAAAUCUUGGAAGCACUUUUGCUAAGGGGUCAUGUUGAGGAAGCGUUAGGAAGAAUUGAGUUGUUGAUGAAUGCCGGAUUUGCUCCUGAUUUUGAUAAUUUGUUAUCAGUUGUGUGUGAAAAAGGAAAGACGAUAGCUGCUGUUAAGCUGUUGGAUUAUGUUUUGGAGAGAGAUUACUCUGUUGAGUUCUCGACAUAUGAUAAGGUGUUGGAUGCUCUUUUAGCCGCUGGGAAAACGCUCAAUGCUUAUUCGAUUUUAUGUAAAAUUAAAGAGAAAGGAGGUGUUACAGAUAAAAGUAGUGGUGAAGAGUUAAUCAAGCUUCUUAAUGAACAGGGGAACACAAAACAAGCCGAUAUAUUAUCAAGGAUGAUCAAGGGUAAUGAAAAAGUCAAGAAAGUGAAGAAACAAGCAUCGGCUGCAUAGUUUUAGAGGUGAGUCAUCCUAUCGUUAAUUAUAGUUUUUACUUUUGCUUAAUAAACUUUGCUAAUGUUAUUGUAACAUUCAUUUCACCGUUUUAGUUCAAGAUUAGAAAGGUUUCAUAGAACAUUUUAUUCUCAUUUGAUCUCAGUUAAGAGCGAAGUUUUGUGUUUUGCUAA